AUGCCUCACUUUCCCCAAACCAACGACCCCAUGCUUGUACCACAGAGAUUUCCAUCUCAGUUUUCAAUGCAGACUCCUGGUGCGGUUGGUGGAAAUCUCGGUCAAGAUCCUCUUGGUGUUCAGUCGAAGCAGCUUAUGCAGGGUCCCAUGGUUAAACUGACGUGGACCUUUCCAAGCCUACCCGAAGAACCUGUACAGCCAGAGAUUCCUUUUGAGCUGCGGAACCCUUUGUCUCCCAAUAGUGUAGGGGCUCAGUGCGGGGAGAAUUCUGUGUAUGUUGAAGUGAUGGAGGACUUCUUUGGGACUGGACAACUACUAAUGGCUUCAAUGGUCUAUACUCCCCAAGAGUAUUCAAAUGGUGUUCCAAUUGUAAGGAGUAGUGGUGCUGUGGUCAGUAUUGAGUGUCACUAUCCAAGAAUGCAUAAUGUGAGCAGCAAUGUCCUGGUGCCCACUUGGGUACCAUAUGCAGCUACUAAGGUUGCAGUAGAGCGGUUGGUCUUUUCCCUCAAGCUUAUGACUGAUGAGUGGCUGUUUGAGAGGCCUUCAAACCAGUAUUUCCUGGGUGACAUUGUGAAUAUUGAGGCCUCUGUGAAGACUUACAACCAUGUACCUUUGCGUGUGUUUGUGGACCGUUGCGUAGCCACUGUGUCCCCUGAUGUGAACUCUGCUCCCAGAUACUCCUUCAUUGAGAAUAAUGGGUGCCUGGUUGAUGCAAAGUUCACCGGCUCAAGUUCUCGCUACCUGCCUCGCAGUCAAAUUGAUAAGGUGCAGUUUCAGCUGGAGGCUUUCAGGUUCCAGCAAGCGAACAGUGGGCUGGUCUACAUCACAUGCAUUUUGAAGGCGGUUCCUGUAGCCACUGCAACAAAUUCUGAGCAGAAGGCUUGCUCGUUUUCCCCUAAUGGGUGGGUGUCUGUGGAUGAAUCUGAUCAGGUGUGUGGCUGCUGUGACUCAACCUGUAGCUAA